UCGUCGUUGCUAGAAGUGAACUUUCAGUGGGAGCAAAAAACUGAUGCUCUUUUAAAAGGACCGUUUAUGUUCAUGUUUAGGCACGAACAAGUCCAUCAACUCGCCAAAGCCCAGAAGACCUGCUGAGAUCGGCUGCUUAAGUGUUUCUGCAAUACGAGCCGAAAUUAACAACCACCAAAGGAAUUUGGACGGCGCGCGUUUGUUAUGGAUAGUGGAGUUGGAAGUCUAUAAUUUUGAGAUAAUUGUUUUAUCACUGAGUUUUCAACCUUAAACCCAUGCCUGCUCCUGGGAAAAUGAGAAAGCCUGAUAUUAAAAUUGUAGUCCUGGGAGACAUGAAUGUAGGGAAAACGUCCCUCCUUCACAGGUACAUAGAGAGAAGCUUCAAUGAAACUUUAAGCACAAUCGGCGGAGCGUUCUUCUUGAAGCAGUGGGGUCCGUACAACAUCUCUAUCUGGGAUACAGCGGGUCGUGAACAGUUCCACGGUCUAGGCUCCAUGUAUUGUCGUGGCGCUGCAGCCAUCAUUCUCACGUAUGAUGUCACAAACUGGCAGAGCUUUGUAGAGCUUGAAGAUCGCUUCCUACCUCUCACUGACUCGGCCAAUAGUGACAGCAUAUUUGCCAUUGUGGGCAACAAAGCAGACCUCACUGACCCUCAAGCCCAUGUUAUGACCCUGGAGGAAGUCAGGGCAGAAGAGGGUAGUGUGCUUCCCCUUCCAUCCUUUCCCACACUUCCAGACUUUCCCUUGCACAAACAGGUGAGUCAGGAUGAUACCAUAGCACUGUACAACCGCAUAAUUCGCUAUAAGGCACUAGAGGGCACCAGCCCACCAGCGGAAAAGAUGUGCUUCGAGACAAGCGCUAAGACUGGAUUUAAUGUAGAUAUUAUGUUUGAGACACUCUUUGAUCUGGUGUUGCCAUCCAUCAUUCAAAAACGCUCCCAAAGUGAGUCGCCGAUAUUGUAUUUGGAGGACUAUAAUGAAGAGGGGAUGAAGAGCAAAGGGGAUUGUUGCACAUGAAAAUAUGUGCAGAAGAGCAUCUGGAGUCUUGCAUGAAUAUCCAUUUAUUUAUGGAC